UACUCCGUCUUGUUUAUCUGUACGCACGGGUGGAAGGACCGCAACCGAGGAAACGGAACGAGACCUGUUCAGCACUUGCGCGGUACAGCAUGUGAAGCAAGCUUGUCUGUGACUCUCACGAGAGUGUUAAACAAGACUACUCGAAGGUGGGAAUACUACUACCGAGUGAAUCAAUCGGAACCUAUCCAUACACAUCCUGUGAACGAGACGAUAUGGCGAAUGUAUGCUGAAAACCGGCGCGUGAAAGACCCAGUCGUCUUGGCGAUGGUUCAACAGCUA